GGCGUGGGGCUUCGCUGGUUUCCUCAACCAAACCACUCUACUGAUAUUGUGGUGAUAAAAGAAACACUGGAAGUCGACCGGCUGACGAGGGGGCUGUUUAGUGAGGAGAAAGGCACUCGGACCCUCGUCGCCAGAAGCAGACUCGGUCGUUUGUGCUGAAAACGUGUCUUUUUUUUUGCGAAGAAGACGGCGAGAGUCCUCGCUUUGAAACCCACCCAAGUCUGGGUUUUUCGGUUUUGUCUGUCUGUCGAAAGGCGGGGAAUACAAAGCGACGUGUGGUCAAAACCCAUUACAUGUUGGACUCACUGAAGCACAAAAAACAAAAAACGGGAUUAACUACAACUUCAGUUCGUGCUGCUGUGACUGGUCAGCGAUAGUACAUGGAUUAUUUGUGUUUCCGGGCACUGUGCUGUAAAGGACCGCCGCCGCCGAGACCAGAGUACGAUGUGGUGUGCAUCGGCCUGACGGGCGCCGGGAAGACCAGCCUGCUCUCACGGCUCUGCAGCGAGGGCAGUGACGGCAUCGUUCCGACAACAGGUUUCAGCAUCAAAGCAGUGCCAUUUUCAAACGCCAUCCUGAAUGUAAAAGAACUCGGAGGAGCAGACCACAUCAAGAAAUAUUGGAGUCGUUACUACCAGGGGUCACAGGGUGUAGUCUUCGUAUUGGACAGUGCCUCGUCGGAUGAGGACCUUGAGGCAGCGCGUAACGAGCUCCACUCGGCCCUGCAGCAUCCGCAGCUCUGCACACUGCCUUUCCUCAUCCUUGCCAACCACCAGGACAAGCCUGCUGCAAGAGCUCCAAACCAGGUCAAGAAGUACUUUGAGCUGGAGCCGCUGGCCAGAGGGAAGCGCUGGAUCCUGGAGGGAAGCACCGCCGACAACCUGGAGGCCGUGAAGGAGAGCUUCAGUCAGUUCAUUGGCCUGCUGGAGGACAAAGACACGGAGCCCGCGAGGAUAUAACGCUAGCACCGCGAAUGCUAAGAGACAUCAGCGGCCAACGCCGAAGAAACAUCCCGCCGGUGCCCAUGCACACACGAGCUCUCAUGCACGAACACAAACAUGUACGCACGAGUAAAAUCACGGCGGAUGUCGGCCUCUCCCCCUGAGAAGUGUAUUGCGUGUCAUCCUCCCGUCACUGCGCUCUCAUUUUUGUACAAAUUGGAAGAGUGUGUGUGUGUGUGUGUGUGUGUGUGUGUGUGUGUGUGUGUGUGUGUGUGUGUGUGUGUGUGUGCAAGCACAAGUCAGCCGCUGCAACCCGACAGAGGAGAGUUGCCAUUAAACCCGAGUUUUGUCAAGAAAAGUCAUUGAACUUUGGCAGAAAUCUUAUCUACUACUGUCUGUGCCCUUGUGAUUAAACCAUGUGGGACACUAAUGCACACAUCACUCACUCUGACACACACACACACACACACAUCAAGCGGAGCCCAGGUUGUCUGUAGAUAUGUUUAACAUCUCCAGUGAUUAUGUUACAGGAUGUUUGGGUGGGGCUCGGCCAUGUUCCCUCCACUGAGAAGUGCUGUAUGGCUGUCCAGCGUGCUUCUCCUCCUUUUUCACUCGGUAACAUCCGACGUCGUCGUGUGAUCGGAGCCAGUAGCCUAGUGUUAUGUACGGUAGCUACAUAUCGGUGCGCCGUACCACGUCUGAAUAUCUAAUCUGAAUAGCAUAGUCCGAGUAUCUCAUGGAGUAUUAUGUACAUGCAAACGAGCGUACUGCUGCGCAGCCAUACGCAAGUACUGCUAAUGUGACGAAGUGCUAGGUGACUCUACGGGGACCAUUUAGAGGAAGGGCAAACAAGUCUGAAUGCUUUUUUUAUAAAUGUGCAAUUUAGGAUAUAUUUGAUAGCUCCGUAUGUUAACCACGUAGAGCUACGUUCAGAUUUUUUAUAUAUCAUACCACACUUAUGAAUUCUUUAAAAUCGAAGACCAAAAAAACAGAAAAAUAACCACCACGCUGAUUGACGCGGGUUGGAAGUAGCCACAAGAUGGUGAUAUGUGAUAGUUUCUUUUCAGUGUUCAGCAAAAUGUCAUGUUUGUCUUUCUCAAAUUUGACUGUAAUGUUUUUUUGUAGUUGUUUUUUUGUAAUUUGACAUAACCCCGCUCAACACUGGUGAGCGACUCCGGUCUCCCAUCGGGGUGGAAUACAAACUCUUAUCAAUCAGCCACAGCAACAGCUGCAUCUGACAAGUCCCUGUCCGACACCC